CCUUUCGUUGGUAGUUUUUCCCGUUCAGUGAAUUUUACCUUUUCUUCUCCUACAUUAAGAAAACAAACAAAGUCACUUGCUUAUCGACAUGUGGAUAUGACCCACUUUCAAGUCUUCCUUCCCCCUCCUUCCUUACCAAGCCUCUCCUCAUUCAAGGAUGCCUCGGUGAUCUCGACAGAGCAGCUGUUGACGUUCCAUCGGCUCAACCCACCUCCUCGUGAAGAGUCCCAUUCAUUGCCGCCUCCGAAUGAUGACCCUUCAAACAAUCCACCGGAGGCCAUGGAUGUUCAUUACACAGAUCAGACAGAAGCGACGGGGCAUGGAAAGGUGUCUGUAUUGGGAAAAAGGGCUGUAUCGUCGAGGGCGAUCGGAUCGCAAUCAGAUCAAAAUGAGGAUAUCGAGAUAUCGACUUUCGAGGAACGCUCCCGUAAUAGAAUGCCUCCUCCUCCCUCUCUCCCCACAACCAACCAUCCGGCAGUCCGUACGAGUCCCCGCCGAGCUUCAAAAAAGCUUGUCACCCGACCUUCCUUUAUACUGCCAUCAAGCACGAAACGUUCUACAACUUUGCCUGAUCAAGGGCAGGAACAGUCACUGGGCUUGGAAUCGACGCUCAACACAACUGCUAGCAGCUGGCCAUCCCAGAUCCCUCCCUCCGCAGGGGCUGAGACAUCAAUAUUCAACUUUCCGUCUUGGAGUGUACCGACGUCGAGGCUAACUAGUCUACAAGACGUACUGAAGAAGGGCUCGGCACCGCAACAAGGGGGUUUGGUUUUUGACAAUGGAUAUGGUGGGAAAGAGCGAUAUAACAUUAUUGCUUGCAUUGCCUCUGUGGAUACCCCUCUUGAAAGGCAGCGAAAGACGCAGCUUGGUAUGCGAGGAAGAACAAAAGGCAGACAAGAUGCGAGCGACACGCUAUGGAUUGGGAAAUGGAUGAUCACCGCGCCCCCAGACGGGAAUGAAGGUCAGGUAAGCUGUGUUGUCAGACUGUGGGAUGAGUGUGCAAAAGACUGGGGCGAUGAGAAGGUACGGAAAGGAGAUGUUGUUUUAUUGGAAAAUGUAGAACUCAAAUCAGCUUCGGCAAAAGAAUUAGCCCAUCUAGUUCUCACCCCUUCCUCUCGCCCAAAAAUAACCAUUCUCUAUCGUAUUCUGCCCCGGUAUACCACUACUACGGCGUCAGACUACAUCUAUCGAGCUCCAGGUGCAGUUCUGCAACAUCACUUGGAUGGUGAGAGGAAGCGAGAUAUAGUCAAGGAAGAUAGAUAUCUGAGACCAGACCUGAGACUCGGCAGUAGCGAUGUAGGGGUGAGAAUGGUGGCAGGUGUCGUCGAGUGGUUUGCAGACUGGAUAGGGGGCGAAGGGCCUUCCGCUUAAUGUCGUGUCCUGUCACAAUUAUCUUGUUGUAGGCAUUCAGAAGUUGUAUUAUCGCACGACUAUGCAUCU